AUGGAAGAGAUUGAUCAGAAGUUAGAGGAGGAUCAUCAAAAUGCAAUCAACCACAGUGACAAUGACAUAGAUGAUAAUGGCACACUGAAUGAUGUGGAAGAUGAUGAAGGAGAAGAAGAAAAUGCAUCGGAGAAUGAAGAGGAAGGGGAAGGAGAAAAAGAUACGGUGGAUGAAGAUCAGUUCAGGUUCUGUGACGGGGUAAAUCCUUUGGAUUUCGUAAAUGACAACAAUUCCGGUGUUCAACUGUACCAGAAAUUGAAAGAGUUAGAGUACGAAGCUACGGCUAGCAAAAAGCGCAAAGCAACACAGCAAUGUCCCAUAGAAGAUGGUAUUUCUGGAGUAAGCCCAGCUGAUAUGAUGGAAUUGAUGAAUUUUGGGCAAGGAAGGAGAUCAAGAAAGAGGUCUAAAAAACGAGGGAGGCAAAAAGGAUCAAAGAAGAAAAUUGACGAAAAUAUAUCACGAAUGUUGGGCGAUGCAAACAUUCACUAUGCAAAUCGUCGUUAUGAGAUGGCUAUUGCUGUAUUGCGUGAAGUUGUCAAGCUGGAACCAAAUUUACCUGAGUCGUAUCACACCCUUGGACUUGUCUAUAGUGCACUGGGGGAAACCGAAAAAGAAAUGGGUUUUUACAUGAUUGCUGCUCAUCUGACCCCAAAAGAUUCAUCACAUUGGAAAAAGCUCUUUGUGUGGUCUAUAGAACAAGGUGAUAUUGGUCAAGCCAAUUAUUGUAUUUCAAAAGCAAUAAAAGCAGACCCCAAAGAUAGCAUUCUUAGAAGUCAUCACGCAAUGCUUUAUGCUGAAAGUCAAGAUUAUCAAAAAGCCGCCGAGGUUUAUGAAGAAAUAUAUCAACUUUGGCAUGAAAAUAUUGAUGCACUAAAAGCAGCAGCUAAGUUUUACCAAAAAUGUGGUCAAGUUGAACGCUCAAUUUGCAUUCUCGAAGAGCAUCUGAAGAGUAAACCAGAUGGAGUUAAUGCAAGUGUAGUUGAUCUACUUGGUGCCAUAUUGAUGGAAAUUAAGGCUCAUGAUAGAGCUCUUCAGUACAUAGAACAAUUUCAAGUGGUCAGAAAAGAAUUGCCCUUAAAUUUGAAAGUCAAAGCUGGAAUCUGCCAUCUUCAUCUUGGAAACAUGGAAAUGGCCCAGGUUUUCUUUAAUGAUUUGAAACCAGAGAAUGCAAACAAGCAUGUUGAGUUGAUCACCGAGGUUGCAGACUCAUUAAUGGGCUUUGGACAUUAUAAUUCUGCAUUGGAUUAUUUUAAGAUGAUUGAAGGAAAUAGUAAAAAUGAAAAUGGUCUUUUGUAUUUGAAAAUUGCUAGAUGUUAUCAAUCCUUGGGAGAAAGGAAACAUGCAAUUAUCUUCUUUUACAAAGCCUUAGAAAUACUACAAGAUGAUGUUGAAGCGCGCAUAAAUUUGGCUUCACUUCUAGUUGAGGAAGGGAAUGAAAUUGAAGCCAUUUCCUUGCUGUCUCCUCCAAAGGAUUCUGACUCUGGUGAAGCACAUUCUGAAAAUUCAAAUAUAUGGUGGGUUGAUGUGAGAAUAAAAGUUAAGCUCUGUAACAUAUUUCAUAUUAGAGGGAUGCUCAGUGAAUUUGUGGAUGUAAGUUUCCCUAUGGUACACGAGUCGCUGCAAGUUGCAACUCCUAAACAAAAGGGUAACUCAAAAAGAGCCCUCUCCAGAAGCGAGCUGGUUGAAAGGGCAAGGGUACUAGAGUGUCCAGAAACGGAUAAUGUGUUUCUACCAUUCAGGCCCGUAGUUCCAUCAUCUGAUCUGUUGAAAGCUUCCAGGGCAAAAAAGUUGCUCCAGAAAAAGGCUAUUGAGAAGGAGAGAAAAAAAGCCGAGGCAGUGGCCUAUGGAGUUGACUGGUUAAGUGAUGAUUCAGAUGAUGAGCCUCAGGUACCAAACACAGAACCUCCCCUGUGCAAUUUUUACAAAGAUGAUGAAUAUCACCAGCUAAUCAUUGAUUUGUGCAACGCAUUAGCAUCCUUGCGAAAAUAUGGGGACGCAUUGGAAAUUAUCAAUCGCACUCUAAGAUUAGCUCAUACUUUUUUGUCUGCUCAGAAAAUUGAGAAACUUCGCUCUCUUGGAGUCCAAAUGGCAUACAAAACCACAGAUCCUAAACAAGGUUUUAAUUGUGUAAAACGCAUUGUUCAGCAAAAUGCGCAGAGUUCUGCAGCUUGGAAUUGCUACUACAAGGUCAUAUCGAGAUUGGAAAAGCGAGAUACAAGACACGACAAAUUUAUACGUAGAAUGCAAGGAAAAUUUGUGGAUUGUGUGCCUCCUAUCCUCAUUUCCGCCCAUCAGUUUACUAUAUAUAGCCAUCAUCAAGAUGCAGCAAGGAAGUACCUUGAAGCUUAUAAACUUUUGCCUGAGAAUCCAUUAGUUAAUCUUUGUGUUGGAACGGCCUUGAUCAACUUGGCGCUGGGUUUCCGACUUCAAAAUAAGCAUCAGUGUCUCGUACAAGGUCUUGCAUUCCUCUACAAUAAUGUGAGGAUCUGUGAGAACAGUCAGGAGUCUUUAUUCAACAUAGCUCGGGCAUUCCAUCAUGUUGGUUUUGUAACACUAGCGGCGAUGUACUAUGAGAAGGUGAUUGCUUUUAUCGAAAGAGACUAUCCAAUUCCAAAACUCCAAAAUGAGAAUAUUGAUGUCAUUGAAAAUGAGAAACCUGGUUACUGCAACCUUCGCAGAGAGGCGGCUUACAAUCUGCAUUUAAUCUACAAAAGGAGCGGGGCAGUUGAUCUUGCUAGGCAAGUUUUGAAAGAUUAUUGUUCAGUUUGA